AUGAUCUGUGGGAAAAAAUCCGCGGAGUUUGCUGCAGGGCUUGGCUUUCCUGCAGCCUCAGAAGCCAUCGACAACAUCCAGGAGGUUCACCACCAAGAGCCUGCAAAGACCAUCGAUGAGUCCUUCAGUUCUGAGUGCACGGAUGCUUUGUGGGUCUCAUCACUGCAGGCGCAGCCAAUGCCCUCUUCAAGUGAACUAGCAGUUCUGUUGACGUUCAAUCGGCAUCCUGCCAGCAUGGACGCAGCCUUGAAGAGGAGCGACUUGGGAAGGCGCUUGGCAGCCUCUCAGCAUGAGAUUCAGCCUCCAUGGGCGAAUGGAGCCAAAAUCAUGGUCAUGGGUCUCGACGAAGCGGUCUGGCAUAGAGCCAUUAGAGAGGCCGACUUGCCGCAGAGCUUGCUGCAAUUGAAAGCAUAUCAUGUAGUUGCCCCAGCCAACAAGGUGGACGACAUCCUCGGGAUUGUGGCUGAGAUCCCUGGCUCCUCACGGCCUCGCUUGAAGGCAGGUCGACGCUUCCAAAUUCCAGGUGUCGGAGCCAGUUCCUCCUCGUUGCCGAUCAUCUAUGACUCUGCAUCAACUACGACUCUGCAUUCGGCUGGCAGUGACCACAUCAACUACGACUCUGCAUGGCUCCAGGGAGUGCGUGAGAAGGCCCUCUACCUGCCGAUUCCCCACCUGAACGAGACACGCACCUUUCUCCAUGAGGCUGAAGAACCUAUGAUCACCCCAAGGAGCAGAGCUACAGCAAGCGACAGCCAGCUGCCGGUGAAUCCACGCGUGUGGCUCGAGAGCCAUGUUUUCAUCGUUGAGCCCUUUGAGCUCCUGUUGCUGCUGUGGUGUCUGCACAGGUACGAGCUUUGUUGCCAUCAUCCACUUUCUGGCAUGUGUGGUGCGCUGGCUUUGAAAUCGUCCGCUGGGUGCGAGUCCGCUGGGUGCGAGAUUGGCAUCUACAGACGUUCUUUAACGCCUCGGCUUUUGGGGCUCGUGACGAUGUUCGCCUUGAUGGGUGUCCCCGUGACCUUCGCCGCCAUGCUCGGUGCUUGGCUGAAGUUGGAGAGUUACGUUCGUGCCUACUUGAUCUACUUCUUGGAGCUCACCCAGCUGCACCGCUUGCUCCGCUGUGCCCGACGCUGCGUGGGCCCCUGUGGCCGCGUGCGGCUGCAGCACGCAGCGGAGGGCGUCCGGCAUGCGCCCGUCGUGGUCACCAGCAGCUGUGCACAGGUGCUGAAGUUCUGGGCAGUUCAACCACAGCACCACAUCCUGAAGUUGAUCGUGGACUCUGCGCAGGAACACCUCAAGUCCUCCACCGAUGGCGGGUGGAUCUUUCUGCAACUGACCUUGGGCCUUUUCUUCGCGUUGCGAGGACGUCGGCCGUGGGCACUGCAAGGUCUGGCGAUGUGCGCAGAGCGUUUGGACGGCACGCUGCCAAGUUGCCGCGUCGGCUUCGAACUGCGCCUGGCGCAUGUCCUGGCGUUGCUCCGCUCCGCCUUAUGCAAACCGGUGGCGCUGGCCGAUCCGAAGGAUGUUCAGCACCUUUCCGUGGUGAUUCUGGAGGCCUUUCUUCAUACGGUGCCAGAGAUGGAUCAGGGAAGGCCAUGGUCAGACGUACUGCGCUUCGAAUGGUUCUGCGGACAUGAUGUUGAUUGGAGCUGGAAGCAUCAUGGCUUGGUCCUUGACACACCAGGCAGCAUUGCAAAUCCACCAGAGGGAGAUCUUCGCUUGGUUCUCUUCGAUGCGUCCUUGGAGCAGUGGCUGUCUCGGCCGGAGGAGGCAUGGGGGAUGGAGACCUACACUGUUGAAACCCGGAUUUCUUCCUCAGCCCCAGUUGAUGCCUUCAGAAGUUGGGAGAUCUCGCAGUUCAAGCAGAUGGCGGACAGUUUGCUGGAGGCCCAAGUGCAGGUUUUGGCAUGUCAAAAGCUGGUGGAUCCGUGGCUGGUGGAUUACUUGUGCUCCAAAGGAGUGAGCGUGCUUUGGCGGCUCUCUAUCCGACAUGUGGAGUUUGUGAGGCGCCUCACUGGAGCGCGUCCUGUGACCUCCUUGGCAGCCACGGUGAAGUGGGGAGAGGUCAUGGGCAAAGUUGGAUCGAUUGCGCUGAAACGAAUUUGUCAGCGAGACUAUGUGCUGCUGACGCCUCCAGCGAAUGGGAUGAAUAUCUCAACCAUCUUGGUGUCGGCUCCGGAUGAUCAUGCGCUACAAGAGCUCAAGCAAUGCGUGCCGCAAGCCGUGCACUGCCUUUGGGCCACCGUGCAGGGCAGUGGUUUUGUGGUCCCAGGCGCUGGCUUGAUCGAACUUCAACUGGCCAUGGAUUUGGACCAAUGGGCGCAAUCUCUCCAGAAGGAGGAGCAGCCCACGCACACAGCUGGCCGGGACACGUUGGUCUUUGCCAUCAAGGCUGUGGCCACAUGCUUCAAGGACGCAGCAGCGAGUCUCGUUGAAGAAGCGGCAGAACAUCAAUGCCCCAGCGCCAGUGCGGCGGGCAUUGCGAUGAUGGAUGCUGCAACUGAAGCACUUCAGCGCUGGAAAGAGACCUCCGAUCUUCCUGCUGGCAUGGUCUUUGAUGCAGAGUCUUCCAAGCUUCGCUCCAUCCGAAGCGCCAUCGACCUCGCAGCGGUGCUGCUGCGCAUUGGGCGGACCUUGGACUUCCGGACUACCACCAUUGGGUUGCCAAGUGUGAAAAGAGCCGGUUUUGAGUGGGUCCGGGAGGCUUGA